AUGACUGACACUAUAACAAUUCCCGUCCCUAGCAGUGAGAAUCGGGAUAUCCUCAAAACCGAUGAGUGUGCAUGUGGUGAUCCGAAGUCUGACUAUGCCUUCCCAACUCACGAGAGCUUCAAUAAAUGUUUCGGAUACGGUAUAACUGGUCACUUCAAUCGCACUAUAGAUGUCACUUUGAAAGGACAGUUGGAUUUUGAAACCAAACCUGGAUUUCUUGAAAAAUGUAAGAGGCGAAAUAAUAAAAGUGGUAAGGACAAGGUUAAGACACACAUGGCUAAUGACUACAAAAACAAUACAUCUGAUUCUGAGAAUCGGAGCCCGGCCGACCGCAUUGAAGACAGUCAAGUUAGUAUUAAACAAGCCGCUUCAUUACAAGUAGUCGAUAAUCAAUAG